AUGGAUCCCAAUUCCGCCUUAUCGCAAGCCUCAACGCUGCUCGCUCGCGCUGAGAGCUCAGGUCGGCCGCCGGUAUACAAAGCCGUUGGUAUUUCGCUAGCUGUUGCGUCCGGUGUGUUUAUCGGUAUAUCAUUCGUGAUCAAGAAGAUCGGGUUGCUCAAGGCGAAUGUGAAAUACAACGAAGAGGCCGGAGAGGGAUACGGAUACUUGAAGAACUUUUGGUGGUGGACUGGCAUGACGUUGAUGAUCAUCGGAGAAAUCUGCAACUUUGUUGCGUAUGCUUUCGUCGAUGCGAUUCUCGUUACGCCGCUUGGUGCGCUGUCCGUUGUGAUUACAACGAUUCUGUCGGCUAUUUUCCUCAAAGAACGGUUGAGUUUCGUUGGGAAAGUUGGCUGUUUCUGUUGUAUUAUUGGGUCCGUGACUAUUGCCAUGAAUGCGCCUGAGCAGUCGUCUGUCGAUGAUAUUCAGGGUAUGCAGCAUUUCGUUAUACAGCCUGGGUUUCUGACUUAUGCUGGGUUGAUUAUCGUUGGGGCUGUUUUUACGGCUCUUUGGGCUGGUCCGCGAUAUGGCAAGCAGAGUAUGUUUGUCUAUAUCAGUAUUUGCAGCAUGGUUGGUGGUUUGAGUGUCGUUGCUACCCAGGGUUUGGGCUCAGCUAUUCUUGCUCAGAUCAACGGCGAGGAGCAGUUUAAGCAUUGGUUUCUCUAUGUCUUGUUUGUGUUCGUUAUUGGAACACUACUGACUGAGAUCAUUUAUCUGAACAAAGCUCUUAACAUUUUCAACGCUGCAUUGGUCACCCCGACUUACUACGUGAUGUUCACAAGUGCCACGAUUAUCACCUCUGCUAUCCUGUUCCAGGGUUUCAAGGGUACGGGCGUUCAGAUUGCAACCGUAAUCAUUGGAUUCUUGCAGAUUUGUGCAGGCGUGGUUCUACUGCAGCUAUCCAAGUCUGCCAAGGAUGUUCCUGAUGCUGCUGUAUUCAAGGGCGAUCUCGACCAGAUCCGCGAGGUUGCUACCGUGGAAGAGCCCGAAUCCGAGCCCAAAGCUGACUCUAUUCGCGGUGCGGCAUCUAUCAUCCGCCGUAUCUCUACAGCCCGUCGAACCAUGGAAUCAGAUGAAGCCCGUCGCUUUUUCCACGACAAGCACGAGGAUUAUCUGAAGCCACCCGGUGAAGAUGAGAUUAUUGAAUGGGAUGGUCUGCGCCGGCGCAAGACUGUUAUUGGAGAAGGUCCUAUCAUGUCGCGACCACGCACUCCGCGAACACCCUCGGUCAAGCAGCAACAUCCACCGUGGGGCAUGUCACACUUCCCUACUGAAGAGGAGAAAGAUGAGCACAGACCCACCACAAAGCAAAGUGGCCAUUCUUUCCUGGAUGGUAUCCGAUCUCGGGCUACCAGCGUGCUUCAUCAUGGGCAGUGGAAGCCUGUACUCACCCAGGAAGAGAAGAAUCUUGAUGCCAACACACAAUCUGUCCGUAUGACAGAUAUGCCUCACCAAGGUGUUAAUGCCGAUACAGAGUAUCACGGAGCUGGAGGCUUGGAUGCUCCGUUCCAUCCAAACCGUCCCCGUAGCGACACCCCACGAUCGAUCUCAUGGGCUGACGAAAAGCCCGACGGCCUUGCCCCGGAGCCUCUCGCUAACACUGCCCGCCGCCAAUUCUCCUUCAACAACAUGAUGAACCGUGUGAAGGCCGGCAGUGAAUCUCAAGUGACUUCACCCCGUGGCAUCUUGCGCCGGACUCACCUUGGAGGCGAUCUUCGCAAGUCUGCCACAGAAGAAGAAUCCCUUGGCCUAGUCCAUGGCGACUCGCGAACUUCCCAACCCGAAGAAGAACCCCUGAACGAAAAGCUCGAGCGCUGGUCAAGCAGUGAAUCCGACCUCGGCGAACCCCAGCCACUAUACACGGGCCGUCCCCACGGAAAUUCAGUAUCAAGCAUGUCAACCGCAGCAUUCCCCGCCUAUGAAGACAAUCACCAUGUUUACGACACCAACGCAAACCCUUACUAUCUCCCCAACAACCGCCAAACAACAUCUUCCCCCGAACCUAUUUCUCACGACUAUCCUACUUGGCAACAGCAUCCCCCAUCAUCGGCAGGAAGCAGGACUCGCACACGGACCAAUUCCUCUUCCCAAACCUACGCUGGCGCCCCGCCUCCUGCUCAAUCCUCCUUCUCUACACACCGCCAUCCAAACCCUCUUCCCCCGCUCCCUGAUAUCACACCCAUCAACACAAACGAUCUCAUGCCAACUACCGCCGAUGCCUCCGGGAUGAGAUCCGUCUCGUCUGAAUCUGUGGGCUUGACAUCCGUCUCUGGCGAUGCGGAAAGUAACGUCGACGACCAUCUCCCGACUCGUCGGCAGAGUGGUUGGCGGAGACAUAUGUCGUGA